UCUUCAAGGACUUCCAGAAGCGCGCGAGAGAGAAGCGUCCACACACGCUCCUGCAGCAGCCAGACAUCACGAAGAUGAAAACAAGACAACCACUAACCUUUUUCGCUCUUCUCGUGCUGAUUUACAUUCCAAGCUCAGAUUCUGUUACGGUGACGACAAGCAAAGCAAAAGUGGAUGUGCAUGAAAACACAAAUGCUGUCCUGUCCUGUGAGUUCAAGACAGAAAAAGAAACAAACCCACGUGUCGAAUGGAAGAAGAGAGGGAAAGAUGUUUCAUAUGUUUAUUUCGAAGGGGAUUUUACAGGCUCAUAUAAAGGGCGUGCGUCCAUCGACGGAGCGACUCUGACCCUCCGUGGUGUCACACAGAAAGAUUCGGGAGUGUAUCAUUGUGAAGUCACAGCCCGUCAGGACAAAAUCAAGCUUGGGGAGGUCUCUGUCACCCUCAGUGUGCUUGUGCCGCCCCAUGCGCCAACCUGUGAGGUCCCGGAAGCAGUCAUGAGAGGAUUUUCUGCUGAACUCCACUGUAAAGACAAGCUGAGUGUUCCUGCUGCCACCUACAGCUGGUACAAAGACAACAAACCACUCAACACUGCCAACCCUCAAGAUGUCCACUACACCCUGGACACAAAAACCGGGAGUCUGAAAUUUAAGUCAGUGUCUAAAUCUGACGAGGGUCAGUAUCGAUGUGAGGCCUCCAAUGGUGUGGGAGCACCCAAAAGCUGUGCAGGCCAUCAUAUGAAGAUAACUGAAUUUGAGCUGAACAUGACAAUGAUUAUUGCAAUAGAAGUGGGAGCGUUCCUGCUGCUGGUGUCCUGCUGUGUGUCCAUCUGUCUGUGCUGCAGACGAGGCUGCUGUCGCUGCUGCUGCCGUCAGAGUAAAGGAGAGACAAAACAAAGCAGAACAAAGACCAGCUAUAACCAGCCAACAGAUCCGAGGCGAUACAAACAUACACAAUCUUUUGUGCUGUGAAGUAUGGACACUUGUUGGCCAGUGCUGUGCUAAAAGAAGUGAAUCAGUGACCUCAAAUGCCAGAGAAUUAUAUAUAUUUUUCAAGUGCACUUGUAUAUUUCUAUGCUUUAAGAGUAAAAACACGCCCCCUGGUGGCCAGAUCUGAAAACAGCUAAACAAUUCACAACAAGCCUGCAGCAUCUACUGUUUCUUUUGUACUACUGUAUUGUUUGUGUUUUUUGAUUUAGGAGGAUUCAGUUGUUUUUAUGUACCGUGUAGUAUUGUCUCGUGCCCGCUAUAGGUCAUACAACCUACAGUUUAAAGGUAAUAUUGCACUAUUAUUUAGAUUUUGCCUACAGACAUAUCAAGUUGCUAAGAAUCAUGUUACUAAGGAGGCCCAAACUACAGAUUUGAUGGUCUGUUUGGUUUGAGCAGAAACAGGCUUGGUUCAUCUCAGGAUGUCGCUAAAGUCUGUAGUCAUCAUAUAAUCAAUCUUGGGUAGAUUUUAAUCACAAGCACCUUGACUUGUUUCUACAUGUUUUCUUUUGUUUCAGCGUCGUCAUUUGUCUGAUGACGCAUGUAUCAAAUCAUUCAGAAUUUUUUAUAUGUAUUUUGAGUAUGGACAAAAUGUAUGUAUUUUUCUCAGAAGAAACAGUCACACAGGUUUGGAUUGGUUAGUUAAUGACGGCAGUUUUCUUUUUUGUGUGUGAAUUAUGUCUUUUCUACUAAUUUUACUAUUUGUUUUUCCUUAUAUGUGUGAUUUAUACAAGCAAAGAGUUGUUUUUUCUUCCAAAACUAGAUGUUUUAGUCUUUUGUUAAAGUAUUUUCUAUGUGAAUUCAAACAUCAGCCUUCACUGCAAUAUUCCUCUUUGACAUUGAUGAUCUCAAUGACUUUUAAAAACACUUUAAAAUAAAGAAAGUCACAAAACCUUUAUAUUU